GACUCACAUUGCCGGCAGCAAUGCGCAAUUGAACUUUGAAACGAACCUUCUCGUCACUGUAAGCAAUGCCGCUGCGGCUAUUCCUCACACCAACUCGAGCAUCUUAUUGCUCAGGAGAUUUCCUUACAGCCACCUUGGAGGUAUUAAAUGACAGCAGCGUGCCUGAGAGUUUCAGUGGCCCCAUUGAGGUGGCCACGGUGAAUGUAGACUUCUCAGGCUCUGAGCGCAUAGACAGGUCAUGGGUGUCCUCGUCGUACCAGCCUGUCUCAGCCCAAUUUCUCAGAGAGGGCAAAAGGGAGGUCAGGCAGAUCCUGCGCACGCCGCCGGCGAGGCUGGUCAUGCAGGACACCAUUCUUGUGCCUGGCGAUUCGCGCAGGUGGCUGCUGAGGUUCCGGCUGCCCAGAACGCUGCCGCCCAGUUUCAAGGGCGUGGCGGCGCGCUUCAGCUACCAGCUCCAGGCCACGGUGCAGUUUGCGCUGCCCAAAAAGCUUCCUAGCAUACCCAGCAUCCCCCUCUCCUCCUCUGCCGCUGUCCUGGCUGACUCCCACGAGCCUGGCCGGAACCCCUUUGUCACAGCCUCCGCCGCAGCCUCCAACGAUGGUGGCGGCAGCUGGAGCAGGAGGGGGUCCAGUGGCAGCCUGGCCCAGUCAGCAUCGCUGCCGCUGCCACCCAGCGACAACCUGGCGGCCCCUAGCAGAUACCAGACGGCCGAGGCCAGCACUCCGGUGCACCUCUGGCCAGCCUGGGACCCGAGCGAGAGGAGGGGAGGCGUGGGGUCGGUGGCGGCUGGGGAUGAUGCAGAGCAGGCGGCGGAGCUUGGGCGGGAGGGCGAGGCGGGCGGCAGCGGCAAGGGGUUUGCCUUCCAGCAGCUGGAGGGGGAUGGCCAGGCGUGGCAGCCGGCCUUCCUGACCUCCAUCGAUCAUCGCCCCUCUGUCACGGCCGAGACGCCAACGUUCCCUCCGCCGGCGCUCAGCCAAGACGCCGAUGACCCGGGGGAGGCUGCAGACGAGGACGGCGCAGACGCCAUCACGCCCCUAUCCGAGAUGACGCUGCACCCUGCGGGGGAGAGUGAGGAUGCGGAGGGGCCGCAGUCCUCGGCGCUGCGGAGUGCGCGGUCGGCCACCAGCACCGGCCGCCACAUGCUCACCUCCCCAACCACCCCCGGCGAAGCCGCCCUCCGCUCCUACAACCUGCGGGUGGGAGAUGCGGCAUUGGUGCGGGUGGCGCUGCAUGCGCCCUCGGACGGCCAUGUUGCGCUGGGGUCGGUGCUGUCCGGCACGCUGGACUUCAGAGCGUCACAGGAGGCCGCCGCCCUCAACCCAGAAGCCCCCAGAUGCGUCCAGGUGGCCGUGCUGUUGGAGACGGAGGAGGUUGUGAACGAGCGGUGGCGAUCCAGCAGCGCUGCACGGCAGCAGAACUCAUCCAUCCGCAAGGUGUGGGGCGAGCACGUGGAGAUAACAGCAGACUUGGUGUUGACGCACUUCAUGUUCUCGCUGCCUGCGGACGCGCCGGCCUCAUUCGCGACGCACCUAGUGUCGCUGCGCUGGGUUCUGCGCUUUGAGUUCACCACAUCUGUCGCCAAGCCGGCCAGCUGGCUUUCUGGGGGCCCCACCCCCGAGCGCAUUGCCUGGGCCCUGCCAGUGCUUGUACGGCCGCCAGCCAUCCCCAGGAACUUGUGACAGUGGACAAUAUGUGGGUGCAUUGCGCUGGGAAUGUCAGCAGUAGAGCACUUUUGCAGUUGAGGUGUUCCAGGGAAGUAUGGUCAUGAUUGUAGUGUACAAGCGUUCCAUGUAAAGUCAGAUGCGCU